AGUGACGUCACGGCUAGGUGGGCGGGGCAUGUUUUGAACAUUUUGCUUUCGGCAGAGAGUUGUGUUUUGGUGUCUUUUGGUCCAUUUUUGCGCCGUUUCUCCACUUUCUGAGGAUUUCUUUUGGUGAUAAUUCAGGAUGGGCGGCUGUUUACCGUGUUUACAAGGCCAGGCUGACGAUUACAUCGAAACUCCCAACCCAGAGGAGAGACGGCAGCAGAUGCUGGAGGCAGCAGAAAAACGACAGCAAGCGAACGAGUCAAGAGGCUUGAAGGACCCAGAGGGAGUCAAGCGGGCACAGAAGAGAAAAGCAGAGGCCGAACAAAAAGCCGACAUCGCAGGACCCGGGGAGGGGGGCCUCAAGUGGCAGAUGGGCUGACCUUUGACCUGCAAGCACCAUGUCCAUAUUGAAACUGAGCAGAUCGGCAGAACGUACUGCACCUGUGCAAAACUUGCAUUUUUCAUAGUUUUUGCUGGAUGUUUGGUCAACGUUGCAUCAAAAUUUUGCCUGUUGCAGACAAUAUCUUGUCCAAUACAACAUUUGAAAACUAUAGACAGGAUGUCAUCAUUAAAUAUGACCUUGAACAAGCAAAUAUGACCUUAAACAAGACGUUCUGUCGAAAACAUAACAGCUUGUUUUGACAAAAUAUUUAUACAUAAACACACAACGAAAGUUCAGCUAUGCUGGGGAGCUUUCAAGACGUACUCUGUCUCUUCUUCAACCCGAUUCAGAUCACGUCUUGGAGUUCUCUUGUCACGUGACUUGAUGGGAUAAUCAUGUGACAUAUUGUGCAUAACAGAUUCUGCACAGGCGCUGUACGUUCUACCGACAUGCUCAAAAUCGUUGAGAUUACAGAAUUCUAGAAAGAUGCUGAUUUACAGUUGGUGCAAUUUUGUACUGUGAGA